ACAGGUGCCACCACCACAAAAACGACGGCUUCAACCACCACCACCACAGCCCCAGCCACAACUAUGGCUUCCAACACCACCUCAGCCCCGACUUCCACCUCAGCCCCGACCUUCACCACCCUCAUAAUUGUUGAAUUCAGAUCCAUUCAAAGCAAUUUUACAACAGACUUGUUGAAUUCAUCAUCUGAAGCUUUUAAAACGCGAGCUGCAUUUAUAAAGGCACAGAUUGAAACUCCUUACAUAUUGGCAUUCCCUUCUUCUUUUGUCUCCUUGGAUGUUGUGCGCUUCAGGCAGGGAUCAGUCAUCAACACGAUGGAACUUCGGUUUGUAAACACAUCUGUUCCAAACAACGCUGAGAUUAGAAAUGUUUUGAACAGUACAGCCUCAAAUGUUACAGGCUUUGACAUUGAAAGGGAUUCCAUCCUUGUCAAUGACACAGCUGCUGCAUCAACUACUACAACUGUUGUACCAACAACUACACCUAAUGCAACAACUACUACAUCAACUACUAAAACUAUUGUAACAACAUCUACAACUACUGCAACAACUACUACAUCUACUGCAACUACAGCUUCAAGUGGAGUAUGCCACAAAAUUAAUUCCAGCACUGUUUUCCCCCUGGUGCUGCUGUUAUGGCUUCUAUCAAACCAGCAAUAGCAUCUGUGCUGGUUUUCAUUUGAAAGACAAGAAGCAGAUGAUCUCUUUCACUGCAGCUCUUUAUUCAUUGGACACAUCGGAAAGAGUAGGAUUGCUAUUUUUUUCAAUAUGAAAAUAUUUCUUGGUGGGAAUGGCCCUGUAGUGAACAGAAUGACACAGACUUCUUUUAUGCAUGCGGUUAAUUGAAUCAUAAAUAGAAAAAUUGAACUAACGACACACAGGGAAAAGAUAAAACAAAAUGGGUGCUUUAUCUUAGAGGCUUAGCAGUUUAUGCUGUUCAGUUUAAUUAAAUUCAAGUUUAUUUAUACGGCACGAAACCAGGGAUGAGUUCCUGCCCCAAGUGGA